AUGUCAGACUUCGACUCCAACGAAAAGACGGCUCGCGUCCGCGAGCGAUCGACAGAUAGCCCCCGAGACAGGGACCGAGAGGAGCCAGAGGUUGUGCAAGCCGAGCCGCCCCAGCCUGCCAUCGCUGCCCUCUUCUCUCGGCGCAAGAAAAAGGACCCCGAGGAAAUCGCCACACAGCCAUCUGUGUAUGAUGACCCGAAGUUGGCUCCAUUCUACCAGCCGAACCCCAAGUAUGAGAACCUGCAUCGGUUUGAUCCGAGCUUUCGAUGGACCUGGGGCGAGGAGAAGCCCUUGAUCCGCAAGAUUGACUGGAAGGUCACCGUCUGGGCUGCGCUUGCCUUCUUUGCCCUCGACCUUGACCGAAGUAAUAUCAGUCAGGCGAACACUGACAACUUUUUGGAUGACAUGGGACUCAAUACUAAUGACUACAACUUGGGGCAAACGCUGUUCAAGACUGCAUUCCUUCUUGCCGAGCUUCCCUCGCAGCUCAUCAGCAAAAAGAUCGGCCCUGACCGAUGGAUUCCCGCUCAAAUGUGUCUUUGGAGUAUCGCUUCGGCGGCUCAGUUUUGGCUCAACAGCCGAGCGUCUUUCCUCGCCCUCCGGGUGGUUAUCGGGGUCUUGCAGGGCGGGUUUAUUCCCGAUGUCAUCCUCUAUCUCUCCUACUUUUUCAAGAGCAACGAGCUGCCCCUGCGACUGGCCAUCUUCUGGACCGCCAACCGGCUUACAGACGUCGUCUCGCCCUUGAUCGCCUAUGGCGUUCUACACAUGCGCGGAACCCACGGCCAAGAAGGCUGGCGAUGGCUCUUCUUGAUCGAAGGCCUCAUCACCCUUCUCAUCGGCAUCUGGUCCAUCUUCCAAAUGGCUCCCUCUCCAACACAGACAAAAGCCUGGUGGCGACCCAAAGGCUGGUUCACGGACCACGAAGAAAAAAUCAUGGUCAAUCGCAUCCUGCGCGACGACCCCUCCAAGGGCGACAUGCACAACCGACAGGCGAUUACCUUGAAACUGCUCUGGAAGUCUCUCUGCGACUUUGACCUCUGGCCCAUCUACGCGAUCGGGCUGACGUUUGGCAUCCCACCGAAUCCCUCGGACCAGUAUCUUACGUUGACGCUGCGCGGGCUGGGAUUUGACACGUUUGAUUCGAAUCUGUUGAGUAUUCCGGCGCAGAUUACGACGACAAUCAACAUGCUCAUCCUAACCUACAUCUCGGUCAAAAUCAACCAGCGCGCGUACCUCGGUCUCUUCGUGCAGUUCUGGUUCCUCCCCUGCCUUAUUGCUCUCGCCGUAUUGCCUGCGAAUACGCCGCGCUGGGGGUCAUAUGCUCUUGUCACCGUUAUACUCUCGUAUCCUUCUCCCCACCCCAUGCAAGUCGGCUGGUGCAGCUCCAACUCCAAUACCGUCCGGACUCGAACCGUCUCAGCCGCAUUAUACAAUAUGAUGGUCCAGAUUCAAGCAAUCAUCGCGUCAAACAUCUACCGCGAAGACGACAAGCCAUUGUACCGCCGCGGAAACCGCGUCCUGAUUGGAAUCAACUGUCUAAACUUUGUCCUAUACCUCUUCGCAAAGGGCUACUAUAUCUGGAGGAAUAAGCGGCGUGAUGCGAUUUGGGAUAAGAUGACGUAUGAUGAGAAGGAAGAGUAUCUGAACACGACUACCGACCAGGGCAACAAGAGGUUGGACUUUAGGUUUGCUUCGUAG